AGAAAAUAACAACCAAAAUACCAAAAAUAACUCUUUCCAAAUUCAUUAAACCGUCUCUCCAUUCUUCACUUUCUUUCUCUACCUUCCUACUUAUAAACUCUUGUCUUCACAAAAAUCCAUUAGUUUCUACUCCCUAACAAUCGCCUAUAUAUACUACUGCAGGCUAUGGAUCAUAAUCUUUGAUAUAAGGCUUAGAAGGGCUACGAGAUUAGUGGUGAUUAGAACUUCAAGAGCAUGAGCAAAAUACAAGUUCAAAAUCUUGUUAAGCCAAAGAAUAUAAUGGCAACUCGGGCAAAGGACACUGCUCCACCAGGAAAGGAGAAGAGAGGGACAUCUCCUUCACAUCCAAUUGCUCAUCAUCUGAGAAGUCCCAAUUCAUCAAAUACAAACUCUCCGGUGCGGAAACGAGCAGAUUCAACCACCUCAAACAAGAAUGUUCCUAACUAUCUCAAGCCUACAAUGUCUUCAUCCAAUGACCCCAACAUUCACAAUAAGCCUACCCUAACUCGAAUAAGAUCGUUUGAUAAGCCUCCUGUUGCUGCUUUGCAAAAAACUGCUAAAGAGAGAAUUCUUCAGUCAUCCUCAUCGUUCUCGGGCAAGACUAGUUCAACUUCCCAAAAACCCCUUUCGGAUAAAUUAUCUAGAGCAUCUCAUAUGACUACCGGUAAACAACGUGGCACCAGCAUGUAUGCUAGACCAGGGACCAUAAAGACUACAGCCACCGGCACCAUCUCCAAGAAACAGGAGGCCAGCGGAACUAGUCAUAAUGACACACACAAAUCAAGAAAUGAUCAAAAUGGUCAUAAUGGUUCAACACCAAAAGAUCCAAUAACUAAUUCUUCACAUGCAGCUGAGGAUGUUAUUCCUCAGGCUGAAACUGGGCAAGAUGACACGUCUAAAUCGAGAAAUGAUCAGGAAGAUCAUAAUGAAUCAACACCUAAAGAAUCAAAAAUAACUGAUUCUCCACAUGCAACUGAGGAAGUUAUUCCUCAAGCUGAACUAUCAGAGCAAGAAGAUGAUCAAGAAUUGCUGGUCACUGAUACUGAAGGUGACGUGAUCAUUAACAACAGUGAAACUGCUGCUACUGAUGCAGGAGAAAACAAUUCAGCCAUUGAAGAUCAAGAAGAGCAUAACGGAAAUGAAAACAACGCUGAAAUAGUUGUGGAAAACCAAGAAAUCAGUAAGAUGGAAGAACCAGAAGACGCACACCUAGUUGAAGAAACCAACACCAGCAACCCUAAAGAACCAGAAGCAAUUACCAAUGAACUUAAUGAACUUCAUCUUGAAGAGAACACAGUAAAAGCAGUGGAUGAGAACCAACAAGAAAAAGAAGAGGAUAAAGGAAGAAACCAAGGAAAGGAAGGUGAAGCAGUGCAGGAGACUAGUACUACUGUGGCAUCAUCAAAACCUCAACGUCAAGUGGUGCAAGGGAAGAAGGAAUCUGUGGUCUCCAAUGAUGUGAUAGAAGAGACUGCAAGUAAGCUUCGAGAGCAAAGAAAGAACAGAGUAAGAGCACUGGCUGGUGCCUUUGAAACUGUCAUCUCCUUGCAGGAGCCCAAGGUGUAAAUUAUAACUUUUGCUAGAACUGGACAUGCUUGUGGAAAAUCAAACAUGCUGCUACAGUUUGGCUGAUAGGGAAUGCAUCACCAAAAUUGAUUCAUCUAAAAUGGUUGGUCAGAAGGUUAUUUCCAUUAGGAAAUUCUAGGAACAUACAAUUCUUUCACAAAGACAAAAGAAGAAAUUGGAAAACGAAAAAAAAAGAAGAGCAAGAAAAAAAUGAAAGAGAUAGGAUGUGUAUGUGGUUUUAUUUUUGUGUUGCUUUAGAGCUUUUCUCUGAACAGCUCUGUAUAGAAGUACCAGUGGGAAAAUAUGCUGGUGGUUAGCGUAUUAAUUGAAGAUUUGUACACAUGUAAUGUUUCCCUUUGAAUUUGCCACAGUUCUGGUGGGUAGUGAUAUUUAUUUUUAAAGGACUGUUGAUGGUCAAAAUGGUAAUGAAUCAGAUCGAAUGGUAACUCGAAAUAUCA